GAGGGGCAGGGCCUCCUGGCCAUGCUGGAAGUGGUUUCAUUCUUCCUCCACUCUGGCCGCCUCAGGAAUGUCCCUAGGCUGGGGGCAGGGAACCCUGGCCUUUGGAAGUAGCCUUAACCCUGCAGCCACUCCAAGAACCAGGUGGCAGUGGACAGAGUUGAGAGUGGGCGACUCAAAGCCUUCUAAUCAGCUAACCCUCCCCUCUUGGGUGGGGGGAUAUGGAGCCUGCUGAUUCCUCACCCCCUUCCCAAGGGAGGUGGGGGACACUGGUCAAGCUGCUCCUUUAGCUGCCAACAUGGACACAUGCAGGCUGCUGAUCAGAAAUGGAGCCACCGUUUGUGACUCUUCCCAAACGGUGGGGAUCCCAAGAACCCCUCCCAGGAAAAGCCAAGACUACUUCAUCUCCUUUCCUACCACCCUACUUUCAGGAGGCGCAGAUGCCACCCUGCCCGUCAGGAGGCUGGUCCACCUACCUCCGCAGGCCCCCGGGCCUCAGCCCUAGAGGUGGAGGCGCCCCGAACUACAAAGCUGGCCUGGCCUCCCACCGCUGCUGGAGAGGCCCCCAGACCCCACCUCCUCCCUUCUGGUUCCUGCACAAGGCAGUCUCAGCAUCCUGGCUCCCAGCCCCACUGUUUCCUCCCUGCCGUCAGCACCCCUGCCCCAAACUCCCAUGGAAGCCUGCACUUUUUCCGAGCCUCUGAGCGCCCCGACUCCCCACCCUUGCCCUGAUCUCGCCCUAGUCCUACAGGUUCACUCAGCCGCCCCUGGCUCCCGACCCCGAACGCCCCAGCUGCUCCCUAAGGGCCAAGGACUCCGGUUUGCGGGCUCUGGGUUGGCCCCCAAUCCCUCCCGGCGGCCUCCCGCCCUCUCUCACUCUCCGGGGCACCCCCAAAGCGCCGCACGCAGACCGGCCCCCUCCCUCACCUGGGCUGGGUGGGCUGGCGCCGGACAGUCGUCCCACUCAAGCCGCGGACGGAUUCCACUCUCCGCCGCUCUCGGCUCCCCAGAUCUAUAUAUGGCGUUCCCCUCCUCCCGCCCGUCCCGAGAAACUUCUGGAAAGUUGGAAAUGCUUCCGGAGGGCGCCCCGGCUCAGCCAAAAAAAAAAAAAAAAAAAAAACAGCCAAAGACCUCCCCCAGACCGCCCUGGCUGCCGCCCCUCCCCCUGCGCGCUCUCACCCGGCCCCUGGGUCCUACUGCCCCCCAAUGGGGGGGCGGGGCGCGCUGGGAACCCCCAGCAGAGAGGCCGGGCACCGGACCGCACGACCUGCGCUGCGCGUGGACACUACGGAGACUCCGGACUUUUCCGGUUCUGGAGGCCACAGUUCCUUCUUUGGCUGUGAAAUGUGGUGCUGUCAUUCGUUGCUUCCUUCCCAUCUGUGCUACAGAUACAGCUGAGAAAAGGACAAAGUCCCCGUCCUCAAGGAUGUACAUGAUGAGAAGGAAACAUGCAGGGUGCGAUUUCUUCUUGCCACCCUACUCCCUGCCAGCUGACAAACACAGGCACAGAGCUCCUGACCCCAGCCGGGGGCUCCGUCCAUUGUACCAGCUCUUCCGUGGCUCCCACUGGUCCCUGGAGAAAGUCCAAGCCCCUUCUUUGCCCUCAUCACCUUGCAUCAGGAGUGCCAGUUUGCAAAGACAGUUCUAGAUGUCAGAAGACUAAAAUGGGUCCACGGGGCUGUGUAUCUUCUGGGGCCUCUAGGCGCAAAUCUGUUUCCUUGCCCUUUGGAGCUUCUGGAAGCCGCCUGCAUGGCUUGACCUGUGGCCCCUUCCUCCAUCUUCAAAGGUAUCAUCAUAUCUCCCCCUUCCUCUGACCCCUGUUGUACCAUCAUGUCUCUUUCUCUGACUCUGAACCCCUCUCCCCACCUCCCUCUUACAAGGACUCUUGUGAUUCCCUUGGGCCACGAGGGUCAUCUCCCCAUCUUCAUAUUCGUAAUUUAAUCUCCUUUACCUUGUGAAUGAACACAUCCAGGAUUAGGACACAGACAUCUUUCGGGGGCCGUUAUUCUGCCUACCACAGAAGCCAACCCUGUGAAGGCCUUAGAGUGGAGGAGAGCAAGCAGAAAGAAUUGCAUGUGCAAAGCCCUCAAGGCUAGAAUGAACUCGGCAUGUUCUCGGAGGAGCAAGAAGGCCACCUUUCUAGAAAGUAAUGCUCCAGUUAGCUUGAUUUUAACGAACUCUACUCAUGGAGCCAAUCCCACCUCUGCGGAUGAAUGAGGUACGCUCCGGGACAGCCUCACAGAGCAUCUCCUUGGCACUUAAGGUCAUCUCCUCCAUCUCCUCAACUUUGAGCUGGCCCACACUUCACAUGCUUAGGAAGAGAGCCCCGGAUGUUCGGAGAAGGUGCCUGCCUGGGCAGUCGCCUGGAGCUGGAGGCCAGACUGACUCUGGUGGAGGAGUGGGCCCAGCUCCUGGCACCUGCAUAUAAUCCUUCUUUCUUCCUUGCUAAAGGCCAGGGUUGUGUGGCUAAGGGAGGCCGGGGGCAGGAAAGGCUGGACCUCCAGCAGUGGCAGCAGCCUUCAAAGACCAUAUUGUUAGCUCUGAACUGCAGUGGGGAAGGUGCCAGGGUCUGGCUGAAUGAAGCAUCUGUGAUCUCUGGGUCAGGGACUCUCCUGGGUCAUACCUCCCACCCUCACCUCUGCCUGUACGUUUGGCUUCCUUAGCAUCCCUUGUACUGUCCCCAGAGACCACAGCUGCCUCACUGUGCCAUUGGCUGUUGGAUGGUGGCCUCUCCUGUUAGAGUCUAAGCUCUGAGAAGGCCAGAAGCUGUCUGUCUUGAGCACCACCAAGGCCCAGAACCCAGCCCAGGGCUCGGCUCAGAGAAGUUGUUCCAUAAUUGCGUGGAAUGAAUGAAUGAAUGAAGAAACGAAUGAAUAAAUGAGAGACUGUUGCCAUUCUUGCUUCAUCUGGUCACCUUUUCCCCCAGACCCUUGCACCAGCUUCCUCACUAGUUUUCCUGCCUCUGGUCCCUCCACCACACCCUCCCCUAGCAUCUAGUUAAAACCCUCCAGAAGCUCCCUGAGACUCUCAGGAUCCAGCCAAGCUGCUACCAGCCUCAUUAGGCAUUCACCCACCCAUUCUCUUCCCUGCUCCUGCACUACCCCCUUGAACAUACCAAAUACCUCCCAGCCUGUGUGCCCUGCAUCGAGGGUUCCUAAGCCCAGAUUGUCCUUUCUCCUCUUCUCCCCAACUGGGUGACUUCUAUUCAUGGUUCAGGAGACAAGCUCCUCCAGGAAGCCUGCCUGACUACCCCCAGCCUCCUCUGGGCUCCCAGAGCCUCCCCACUCCACUCCACGCUUCUCACCACCUCAGCACCAAUUGUAUUUGC